AUGGCUCGUCUUGGUUUCUUGUCUCUGGCUCUCCUUUCCGUCCAGGCCCUGAUCGGCGGCGGUCUCGCGGCUGACGCUGUUGAGAAGGAGGAAGCCCCCCAGACUCCCAACCUUGCUGUCACCGCGCAGGCUGCUUUCCCUGCCUCUGAGUUCUUUGGCGUGAAGCUGGUCAAUGGCCACCCGACCCAGGCGCUGAUCACCUUUGCCAACGAUGAGCCCAACCCGGUGACUGUGAACUUCAUUGGAGGUUCUCUGUGGUCUAUUGGCGAGGAGGAGAACCGCAUCGUUCGCAACCUGACCGCCCACCGGUACAGCCUCGAGAUCCCGGCCGGUGAGCAGGAGAGCGUGAACUUCAACUUCGCCACCGAGAUGCACCCCCAGGAUUUGAGACUUGAGCUGGCUUCCGUCAUCUCUGACAUCGAGGGCAACGUCUACACUCUGUACACCUACAACGGCACCGUCAGUGUGGUUGAGCCUGAGACCAGCAUCUUCGACCCCCAGAUUCUUUUCCUGUAUUUCUUCCUCCUGGCCUGCUUCUCUGGUGUCGUCUACUUCUUCUACACCGUCUGGAUCGCCCCCUACUUCCCCCAGAAGCGUCGCGCUGGCAAGGCCCCUGAGACCACCAAGAAGUCGACUGUGCCCAAGAAGGAGGAGAUUCCCGUGGAGGGACCCGCUGUCACUUCUGCCACCACCUACAACGCCGAUUGGAUCCCCGCUCACCACAUCAACCGCCCCGAGGCCCGCAAGGUGAAGGGCAGCAGCUCCCGCUCUAAGAGCCGUGCUUAA